AUGCCGCCACACCUCGGUGCAGGCACGCUCUUGUGUCUUUUUGCCUUAGCUGUUGCGGCGGCGGCGGUAAGUGUGCCUGCGGCUGAGCUUGCGGCGCUCAACGCGCUCUACGAGGCCACCAACGGGCCGACCUGGGCCGACUCGCGGGGUUGGAAUGAUGGCGACGCGUGCGCAGCUGUCGGCGUUACAUGUUCAACAAACGUAACAGCCGGCACUGCCCAUGUCGUUGCCAUCGAGCUCUCCGGCAACAAGCUCUCCGGCACGCUUCCGGCGAGUGGGUGGGACCUUCCAGAGCUACGCAUCCUCGACUUGUCCGACAACCUUAUUGGCGGUACUGUCCCGGUGAGCUGGGGAGAGUCUCUGCAGGCGCUCGAGGAGCUCAACCUAGGCGGCGAGCGACUGCUGAGCCUUGCCGCCCACGAAGGGCUCGGUCCCAAUUAUCGUUAUUUUACAUCCAUCAAGGUCUACUCGUCGAACCCUCUCACCGGCACCCUUCCGCCUGAGUGGGGCAAGCUGAGCAAGUUGGUUAUGCUCUCGCUCGCCACCGGCGGAACUGCCCAAGGCGCCGGCUUUGUCGGCAGCAUUCCCGACGAGUGGAUCGGCAUGCGCUCGCUCGUCUACAUCAACAUUGCUCACUCGGGCCUUGGUGGCGACGUCCUCGCUCCGGUCCUUGCCCGCAUCAAUGGCCUUCGCUACGUCAAUGCGCGGUUCUGUGGCUUCAAGUCCAUCCCGCGUGAGUUUGUCGGCUCCACCAUCUCCCAGCUCGAGCUGACCGGCAAUCCCAUGUCCGGCUUUGAGUUUCCCACCUGGCUCUCCGAAUGGAGCGCGCUUGAGGAGUUUGCGCUCAACAUCUGCAACAUCACGGGUACGCUCCCGGCUAGCCUCGGCGAAAUGACCCAGCUCACCCGCGUGGUCAUCGGCAGCGCGCCGCACUUGCAUGGCGUCAUUUCGCCGACAUGGGGCAACUUGGUCAACAUGCGCGGCCUGUUCAUUUACCAGAUUGGCCUCACCGGCACCAUUCCGCCCGAGCUCGGUGCAUGGACAAAAAUCGAGCGGCUGGUCCUCGCCGAGACAGGCCUCACUGGUACCAUCCCGCCCGAGCUCGGCCAGAUGUCGGCCGCGUCGUACGUCCUCCUCAACCGCAACAAGCUCUCGGGUACCCUGCCGCGCGAGCUCGAGCACAUGACUGCGCUCGCAGACCUCGCCGUCCACUCCAACAAUCUGUCUGGCACCAUUCCGCCUUCCUGGGGCACCAACAUGGUCAACCUCGUCAACCUGCGUGCGUUUGACAAUUCCCUCUCCGGUACUCUCCCGCCCGGCUUUCCGGCGCUGGAAAUUGUGGACGUCCACAACAACAACUUGCAAGGCCAUCUCGACAUUCUCUGCAACAAAGCCAAGCUCGGCAUCGUCGACGUCUCGUCAAAUGGACUCUCAUCGUUCCCGGACUGUAAGACCUGUAUCGGCGAAGUCGACAUCAGCAACAACGCAUUUGUCGGCCAGCUGCCCACCAUGGAGCACGUGUCUUGCCUCACCAAGUUGAGUGCUUCCCACAACAUGUUCUCCUCCUCGAGUCUGCCAAGCUCCUGGUCGCGCCUCAACACCACGCUCGCCCACCUCGACUUGUCGUACAACAAUCUCGCCGGUGCUGUCUCAAACUACCUCAUCCGCAUCAAGUAUGGCAACUCGCUCGGGUACAUCGACCUCUCCCACAACAAGCUAUCCGGCCAGAUCCAGCAGACUGUAUUCUCGCAUGUCGACGCUUCGUUCCUUCAAGGCCUCGUCCGGCUGUACGUCAACGACAACAACAUUGUUGGCUCAGUUCCCGGCCUGCUUGAGCGCCUGCCGCUCCUCCACGAGGUCGACCUCUCCAACAACAACUUUACCGGCUCGGCAAGCCCGAUGACCGAGGACGCUAUCGCCAAUGCUGACCUGCGAGGCAACCCCGGGCUUCGCGAGCCCGACGGCAUUUCGCUCCCGGUCAACGUCAUCGCCCACUAUCCACUGGUCCAGCCGAGCGUCGAGCUCAACUACCGGUGUCCGACGCUUACCGAUACUGUGACCCAGCGGGUCCGGCUUGACCUCGACGCCCACUACUACGGCGCCUCGCUCUGUGAGUGUCUGCCGGGCUACCAUGGGUCGAACGGUGACUGCUUGUCGUGCACCCACCUCGGGCCGGCCGUCACCUGCGAAGGCGGCCAGGUCGUGCUCAACCAACGCGGCCUUGGGCUGUACGAUGUGUACGCCGCCAAUGUAACCAUCAACCCCAACUACUUUCGGGUCGGCACCGCGCCGUCGGGCGACCCGCUCAUCGACCCGUGCUACCGGCUCUCGUCGGACGAAACGUCGUGCAACCCGGCCGGGGCCCACCCGGCAGUGUGCGCCGUCGGCUAUGAGGACCGACUCUGCUCGCGAUGCUCGGCCGGGUACUUUCCGCAGGGCCGACGGUGUCGCAAGUGCCCGCGCAUCCUGCCCGAGCUCAUGGCGGUGGCGUACUCGGUCAGCUUCUGUGUGUGGUACGCCAUCAACCAGACCGGCAGGCGGUCUGCCGUCCUCACGCCGCUCGUCAAGUCACUGUUCAUUUUCAUGCAGACCUCGGCGCUCAUCUUUGCGCGGUCGUCGGCGUUCUUCUGGCCGUCGUCGAUUCUCUCGUUCUUUUCGAUCUCGUUUGGCUGGACCGCUGUCUCGACCAACGUCCUCACCUGCCUUGUCUCCAGCACUGCCGCGUGGGAGACAUCGUUUGUCUUUUCGACACUCAUUGUUCCUGGUCUGGGCCUCUUUUGUCUGCUCGCCUACGGCCUGCUCGCUUCCAUCUCGCGGUGCACCCGUUCGGGCUUGCUCGGCAAGGACGAGCAGCACUGGCGGUACGGCGGGAUCCGGUCCAUGCUCGCCAUCCUCAACCUCAUGUACAUGCCGAUCACCGUCGGCAUGCUCAUUGUCCUUCCGUGCGAGUCGUCGGCCGACGGCAGAAAAUACCUUUGGGCCGCGCCGUGGAUCGAGUGCAGCUCGUCGAACACAACUUGGGUCAACCUGGUCGUUGUUGGCUCGGUCUUCUCUGCUCUCUAUGGCCUUGGCGUCCCGGUCAUGUUCCUCGCCAUGAUGCGGGCGCGGAGCAAGACGCUGGAGCGGCUGGCUGCCGCUGGGCUUGUCGAAGUCGACGGCCACUGGCUCCAGUGGUUCUACGCCGGGUACCGCCCAGGCGCGGCGUGGUACGAGUUUGUCAUCAUGGGCCGCCGGCUGGCCAUUGCGGUUGUCGCGGUCAUUCCCUCGUCGUCACCCAUUGUGCCGCUCGGGUUUUUCAUGACUCUCGUCGUUGCUCUCUUCAUGCACAUCUACCGCCAGCCGUUCCUCUACCAGCCGCUCAACCGGCUCGAGCUCCUCACACUCGUUCAGCUCUUCCUCACCUUUGUCAUCGGGCAGAUUUUCUCGUCGCGGACCCACGAGAGCUCCCUGCCGUCGUCGUCGAUCUACCUCGAAGCGACGGUCGUUGUGAGCAACGCCGGUGUUGUCAUUCUCUAUCUCAUUGCAAUUGUCGUGGCAGUCAAGCGCCGCGUCCGCGCCCGGAAAUCACACGGCAAGGCUAGGCGCGCGGACGAGCUGCCGCUCUGCGAAGCGCCUGCGCUCUCGGCGCCGAUCAAGAUCCCGCCGCUGCCGCUGCAGACCAUCCUCAAGCCCGCGCCACUGGUGCUGCCGCCGCUGCGCGUGCCCGGCCCCACGCCAAGCUUGGAAACAAUCAUCGACGUCGACUCAUACUCGUCGUCGGGAUGGUACACCGCCACCGGGUCUGAGGAGGAGGAGCAAGCCGAGUGCUACGAGCCCGAGCCGCCUGCCCUCGAAGCCGAGAUUCGGGCCUUUGUUCGCGCGCACAGCGCCGGCGACGAGACCGAUGAAGCCCUGGUGGCGUCACUCUUAGCUGUCUGGAAUGCGCCCAAGUAAAGAGGACGCAAACGCAA